AUGGAGCAGCAAUUCAGCAGGACCGGCGACCCGGAAGGACUCAUCGCUUGCCUCGACGAGUUCUUCACCCUGGAAUACACCCUUAAGCAUGGACGGGCCCUCCAUACGUCUGCUUGUCGGGCCGAUCACUAUAGCACGCUGGGUAUACCCCGCACUGCAACGAAGGCGCAGAUCAAGAGUCAUUUCUACAAGCUCAGCAAGCAGCACCACCCCGAUGUGAGCAAGGAUCCGAAUUCGAAGCAGGCUUUUGCGCGUGUGAGCGAGGCCUACUCGGUGCUGGGCGAUGACAGGCAGAGGUACGCCGCAAUGCUUUCCGCAGGACGUAUGUCUUCUGACCCCUCUUUGCUCCCCUCUUCUCCCUCCGCACCGCCUACCUGUACCGCUCUCAAUAGGCGCCUAUACGACCGCACUCUCGGCCAUCGACACGCUACCGCCUCCCAUCACCCCUCCCGCGAUCGCCGACCUCCUGCAUCGCAGUCUUACAACGCCGAAUGGUCCUUCGAUCCGCACCGCCGCGCGCCCGGGGCUACGCACGCCUGGGAGCGGCGUAGACCACGACCCGACUAUACCCAGCAACAGCAGCACGAGCCGCAGCGCCCGAACAUGGGGUCACAGAGGCCACCGCCUGGGCACUAUCAGCCGACAGGCUUCUACCAGCCUAAUAACCAUCAGCCGUUCGGCGGGUCAACUGCGCGGCAGGCGGCGUACUCGGCGCGAAUGGAGAGUGUGGAGCGCGAGCUUAAUCGCGUGCAGAGGGUGUCGUCGGUGGGGAGGGCGGCGACGGUGACGUCUGUGGUGUUCAUCGCGCUAUAUCUGCUGUCGUUUACUAGGGUCUCUAACGAUUCUGAGGGUGACUUCUAUGCGCCUUCGACAGUCUCAGAGGAGCAGGACUCAGGCCGGGCGAAGCGAGGGAGCUCUGACGCUCAGAGCAUCAGUGGACACCCGACUUAAGCUCAGCAUUGCUAUGUAUUGUAAUGUAGCGAUGCUGUGCACACCCUUCGAGAAGUAUUACAGCAGCAGUAUGGACAAUUACCUUGCAAUCAGAGGCCACGAAAGGCUUUGCGAUCU